CGCUGAGAACAGCAGCAGAAGCGACCAACACUCCCGGCUGUACACAACACUGUCUCAUACACCAACACCAACCUUCAUAUGCUACUUUAAUCAUUACAAAAAUAAGACUUUGAGAAGUCUUGAGAAACGUCACAUCCAUCCAGCAUCGACAGGUGCUGACUGGAAGUCUUAAUAUCCAAGGCAAGUGAUGGAGGGUCAUGUCCCAUGAGUACCAUGUGUAGGAUGUUAUGCCCAUUGUAGCAAGAUUUUGACCUCGACUUCCCCACAAUGGUAGAAGUAACAACAAACAACUUUAACCAACUUCUUCCUGGCAUUUUGUCUGACAUAAAGUCGUCUUCAUUUGUUGCACUAGAUACAGAGUUUACGGGACUUCUUGCAGAUGCUGCCUUCAAGGGAAGUUUGUUUGAUGAUGGGCCGAAGAGAUACCAGAAGCUGGUAUCCAACAUUCGAAGGUUUACAAUAUGCCAGCUUGGUUUGGCAAUCUUUAAGGGUGUUCCUGAUGCCAAUGCAUACACCGUGACAAGCUAUAACUUUUACCUUCGACCGCAUUCUUGCAUCUCUUUUGAUCCCACAUUUUUGUGCCAGACAUCAAGUAUAGAAUUUCUACAGAAAUACAAGUUUGAUUUCAAUAAGUGGCUGUAUUCUGGCAUUGGGUGCAUGAACUCGGAUGAAAUGGAGCAACUUCGAAGUGAAUUAUUCUCCCUCGUGAGAGGAAGUCAAGCCUUCAGGAUUCCCUAUUUGGUGCAGGACCAGCUAAGCAUUAUAGGAGAGUGGGGAGCAAAAGCUAAUGAGGGGGAGACGACUAUCCCCUCUGAUGACAUUGAUGUUACCUCCCAGGUGAUACUUGUGGUCAGCAUACGAAGCAGGUUUCCAGAUCUCUGGGCUGCAUUGGACAAUAGACAGGUUAUCAUUCAGAAAGUGUCGGCUUUGGAGCGUGCAAGACUUGAGGCGCAGGAUCCUGAAGGCAAAGAGUUUGUAGAAACUGUUGUAAGAAGUAUGUUGGGCUUUACGAGUGUGUUCCGCUGUUUAGCAGAUCACCAGAAGCCCCUCGUCCUUCACAACUGCCUUUUAGAUCUUAUGCUGAUAUACAAGCAGUUACAUCAAAACCUACCAACAUCAUAUGACAUGUUUAAGUCCAACUUGCACGAGAUGUUUCCUAUCAUCUAUGACACAAAGUUCAUCGCUUCAGAGCUGAAAAUUUUGUAUAGAGAAAAGGAUGAAAAAGUGAGGAACUUGAUUAAUAAUACGGGGCUGGUUGAGCUACAUUCAUCUCUGAAGAGGGAGAUGCCAGUUUUAUACCAACCCUCACUCAAACACUGCCCGCCUGACAACAAGUAUAGUGGAAACGAGACACUGCCCCACGAAGCAGGCUAUGAUGCUUUCCUCACCGGUGGGUGUUUUCUCACUAUGGCCCACGUUCAUGCCAUGCUCCAAAUGUCAUCGUUGUCACAGCAACGCCCCAUGAGCCCACGAGAACAUGUUUACGCUCUUAAGAGCUUAGCAAAUUGUGUGCAGAUUCAAAGGGCAGCAAUUCCUUAUAUGGAGUUGGCUGGCCAAGAUCCGAAAUCUAAGCGACCUCCCUGGUUACUAGUGGAGGGCCGCACCAGGUCGGCAUUGGUGACUCCUGGCAGUGUGUCGAUAGCACUGGCACAGUACGGACAUCUUGAUGUUGUACCUCGUAACGCCAACUCUGUCCUGGUUGCUACGUCUUCAUGGUCGUGCACAAGAGACAUCUUUACAAACCUGGCAAAGGACAGCCACUUGAAAGUUAAAUUCUACAAUAGACUUCGGCAUUCUCCAUUUGUGAGGACCCUUGCCUGGUCUGGGGCCUUGAUAUCCACUGGACUUAGUGCAUGGAUUGUAUAUUCUACACUUAAAAAACCAUCCUAGUCAUUCGCCAUGAGGUAAUGUACAGUAUGUCGAGUAAUAAUAUAUAAAUAAGUUUAUUUUUCAAA